UGAAAACGGAAAUUUACUAAAACUUACACUAAAAUAUUAAAUACAAAAGCAAAUCAGUGUUAAAAAAUUAAUUUUCUCGAAACAAGAAACUAAUAAGUACCAUAAAAAACAAAAUAUUUCAAAAAAGUAUUCAAAUACUGCAAAUAAUUAAGUCACUUUAAGUGAUAUGUGUGCAAAGACGUGGACUAAAAUAACAAAUAUUGUCAAGAUUAUACGCUAAACUGUAGCUAAAUCUAAAUCAGUGCUAAUGGCUUUCUGAAACAAACCUUAAAACAGCUGCUGUAAUAUUUCUAUAUUAAUAUAUAGAUUGUAAUUGUACCAGCUUUCCUCUAAGACUCCAAAACCCUGUGUUGUCUUCAGUUCAUUCACCAAGUGCUUAGCUCAACUUGAGUUCGAAAAUAACAAUUUUCGUUACCAAUUAAAAAAAAACUUGCAAUUCAAAAAAAUUAAAAAUUUGCAAACAGCAACAAUUAAAACUCGGCUCACGUGUGCGGCCGAAAUUAAGCAUCGCCGCUUUUCCACCCGCCCAAGGCAGGCAACACCCACGCCAACAAUUAGCAAAACCAAAAACAAAGCACGCACACUUCCAUAACACAUACAUAUAUACAAAUAUAGAUAUAUGUUAUAUAUAUAUUUAUUUCUAUAUACAUAUAUAUAAACGGCAAGAAACUUUCGUUGCGGAGCCGCCAAUGAUCGCCGUCGCGUAGAAAAUCGCUAAUUGCAGUGCGAAAAGAAAAAUGACACAAAUUAUACGCUAAUUAAAAGUGCAGUCUAUUAUACCAGAGAGCAGCAGCAGCAGUUAGUGUGUGUAGUGGCAUUGUUGUUGCAAUUAAAAAUUCGUUGUUGAAAGUAUCUAUUACUGCAUUUAAGUUGACAAGUGCGUGCUUUGGCUUGCUAUAAGAAAAGGUUUUCAGCAGACAAAAUACAAUAACAAUAACAAGAGUAACUUAAAAAACAACAAAAAUCUACACAAAUUGCUGCGUGUUUCUGCAAAAGUGGUUUUUCAAAAAUAAUUUGUUUUUUAAUUUUAUUAAAUUAAAAAAAAAAAUAAUUUAAUUAAAAAAAAUCUAACACAAAAAUUUGAAAAAUUUGAAAAUUUGAAAAAACAUCCAAUUCAUAUUACUCAACAACUAGUGUGUGUGUGUAUUUUCACUUUGUGCACGCGUCCACUAAAAAGCCGUCAAAAUUCUUGAUAAAGUGGCCUCGAUAGGCGCCAACACGCUUAACUUCACCGAUUUAGGGAGCCCCUAUGAGGGGCCUCCCAGCACACCACAAUCCGGCAUGGAUGCACCCGAUGCACCGCACACACCCAAAUAUAUGGAUGGCGGUACAACAACAACGGGCACACCAGGCGCACAAAUACCGGGCAAAUCGGCAUUUGUGGAGCUGCAACAACAUGCCGCCGCCGGUUACGGCGGCAUACGCGGUGGUUAUCAACAUUUCGGACCACAAGGUGGACAAGAUUCUGGAUUUCCGAGUCCACGCAGCGCCUUAGGUUACCCAUUCCCGCCUAUGCAUCAAAACUCAUAUUCCGGCUAUCAUCUAGGCAGCUAUGCGCCGCCCUGUUCGAGUCCACCAAAGGAUGAUUUUUCAAUAUCCGAUAAAUGCGAAGAUUCGGGUUUACGCGUCAAUGGCAAAGGCAAGAAAAUGCGCAAACCGCGCACAAUAUACAGUUCAUUGCAGUUACAACAAUUAAAUCGACGAUUCCAGCGUACACAGUAUUUAGCGCUGCCAGAGCGAGCCGAAUUAGCGGCGAGUCUGGGCCUCACGCAAACACAGGUGAAAAUCUGGUUCCAGAAUCGACGCUCGAAGUACAAAAAAAUGAUGAAAGCUGCACAAGCGCCUGGUACCGGCGGCAUGCCAUUGGGUGGCGGUGGUCCAAAUCCUGGUCAACAUAGUCCAAAUCAAAAUAUGCACAGUGUUUAUCUCAAAAUCAUUGCAGGCGGUAAUAACGGCGGUGGCUCCAAUAGCGGCUCACCAUCACAUUAUCUACCUCCCGGACAUAGUCCGACGCCAUCAAGUACGCCUGUGUCCGAGUUAUCACCUGAAUUCCCUCCAACGGGUCUUAGUCCGCCUACGCAAGCGCCAUGGGAUCAGAAGCCGCAUUGGAUCGAUCACAAACCACCGCAAAUGACGCCGCAACCACCUCAUCCAGCGCCACCACAUCCGCAAUCGCAUCACCACAAUCCGCCACCGCAAAUGAGCGGCUAUGUACCGCCACAAUACUGGUACCAGCCAGAAACGAAUCCUUCGUUACUAACUGUUCCCUCUCAUACCAAUUACAGGGUCUGGCCAGCGGUUUAACACUACCACCACCAACAACAACAACAAUACAUACACCAAACCGAUCCUAUUUUCAUAGAUAAUUCCAAUGCGUAUAUUUAAUGAAAAAUAAAAACAAUAAACAAAAAUGUUGUACACAAAGAAGGUAAUUAUUUUAAAAUUUAU